AGCAUAGACAUGGCUUCACUAGGCUAUCUUGAAGUGUUCUUAGCAGUCGUAUGCUUCACCUAUUUCUGGAUUUUAGGCCACAACGAUGGUUCCCCCUUAUGGAACUGGCCGGUGUUCGGAAUGUUACCCGGUAUUCUCCUCCAAAUUCACCGGAUUCACGAAUGGUGCGCCGAGAUCCUAGAUCCAUCCAAGGCUACCUUUUACUUCAAAGGGCCUUGGUUUGCUAACAUGGACAUGGUGGGCACUGUUGAUCCUGCCAAUGUGCACUAUAUCAUGAGUGCCAACUUCUCAAACUUCCCAAAAGGCCCCGAGUUCAUGAAGAUUUUCGAUGUUUUGGGAGAUGGGAUUUUCAAUGCUGACUCCGAUUUGUGGAGGAACCAGAGGAAGCUUGCUCGGAUGAUGAUCAAUCACCACCGGUUCAACCGGUUCUUGGUGAAAACCAGCCGGGAUAAGGUGGCCAACGGACUUAUCCCUGUCCUUGAACAUGCCUCCAAGCAAGGCCUAACUGUGGACUUGCAGGACUUGCUACAGAGGCUCACAUUUGACACCACUUGCACCUUUGUCACCGGCUAUGAUCCCGGUUGCCUCUCCCUCGACCUCCCUCAUGUUCCUUUCUCCAAAGCCUUGGAUGAUGCCGAGGAGGUCAUACUUAUUCGACAUGUUGUCCCUGAAUUCAUACGGAAGCUGGAAAAAUGGCUCGGAAUUGGACAAGAGAAGAAGCUCAUUAAGGCCUGGGAAACUCUAGACAAUGUCAUAGCCAAGUACAUAUCAAUGAAGCGCGAAGAGCUUAGCGGAAAAGUAACCAAAUCGAAAGAAGACGAAGAGGGUGUUGAUCUCUUGACAUCCUACAUCAAUGAAGAUCGUGAAGACAUGGGACUUAACCGCGACGACAAGUUCUUGAGAGACACCAUUCUGAAUUUCAUGAUCGCAGGACGUGACACAACUAGCUCAGCCCUCACUUGGUUCUUUUGGGUUGUGUCAAAAAACCCAAGUGUGGAGUCCAAAAUCAGAGAGGAACUCAAUAGCACCAUACCAGAAAAUGAGGCUGAAAAAUGGAGGCUUUUCGACGCUGAAGAGACCAACAAGUUGGUUUAUCUUCAUGCUGCAUUGUCUGAAGCUUUGAGGCUGUAUCCACCAGUUCCAUUCCAGCACAAGGAGCCACUUGAGCCAGACAUCCUACCUAGUGGCCACAAAGUUCAUCCAGGGAUGAAGAUAGUGUUUUCGCUGUACGCGAUGGGAAGGGCUAAAUCGAUUUGGGGGGAUGAUUGCUUGGAGUUUAAGCCGGAGAGAUGGAUCACAGGCCGCGGAACGAUCAAGCACGAGCCAUCAUACAAGUUCCUGUCAUUCAAUGCAGGGCCUAGGACUUGUAUUGGGAAGGAAGUGGCAUUCACUCAGAUGAAGGUUGUUGCAGCCACUGUGAUCCACAAUUACCAUGUUCAAGUGGUCAAAGGACACCCUGUGUCUCCUAAUGUUUCCAUCAUUCUGUACAUGAAGCAUGGCUUGAAGGUUAAGGUCAUCAAGAGAUGGUCCUGAAGUACUGACUCUACUUGGUUGCCACUAUGGUGUUUUGGUCUUUGCUUGUGACCAAUUUCUCAU